UGAGUGACCCUUACGUUUGCAUCAUCGGCACAAAUAUUGAGCCCUAAUAACCAUUCAACAAAGACCCAAGUCAGUGGAGUUGACAGUUCACUGGACAUCGCCCGUGACAUGGCUCUCUGGCUCGGUGGAAAAUGGAGGGCGAAUGCAAUUUCAUUGCAUGCUCCAAGUUCAUGGCGUCGAAGCUUUCGAUCAGACGCGGCAGUAGAAGCAAUAAAGAGAGCAGCUGAAGAGAAAGUCCCAAAUGUGGUGCUAUAUAACUACCCUUCAUUUUCUGGCGCAUUCUCCGCUCUCUUCGCUCACCUCUUCCACUCCCGUCUUAGUCUCCCUUGCCUCAUCUUGCCUUUCUCCUUCGUUGAACCCCUCAGGGUCGAAGAUUUUUAUGUUGAAGGACUAGACAAGUGUUAUCUUCUCGACUUUGUCGGUCCGAAAGGGUUUGCCUCAAAGCUUUCACAACAAUCAAUGUGUGAAGUAAUAGCAUUUGAUCAUCGAAAAUCAGCACUUCCUCAAAUUAACUGUUCCGAGGAUCUGAGAGUCACGUUUAAUGUCAAUCUUGAGAAGAGUAGCUCCAUUGCUGUAUAUGAGUAUUUUUCUAGUAAGCUUGCGAAUAUUAUGUCUCUUGAUGUGAAGGCUGCCAAUUUGUUGAACUCAGAAGAUGGAGAUCGUGUGGAAACAGUUCUAAAGUAUAUCGAAGAUGCAGAUCUUCACAGAUGGAGCAUAACAGAAAUUAAAGCUUUUAGAAUUGGACUUGGUGAAUGGCGUUCCAAGUUGAAUUGCAUCACUAAUCCAUACAUGUAUAAACAGUUACUGGAGAUCAGUUCUGCUGAUUUGGUUGCCAAGGGAAAUCUGUAUAUUUCCUCUCGCCAGAUUGUUGCAAACAAGUUGCUGGAUAAGUCGUUUAAAGUUCGCUUGGGCAGAGGAUUCUAUGGAGAGUGCCUAGGAGUUAGAGCAGAUGGCAACUCUGAUUUAAGUGAUGAAAUUGGCAAGCAACUAAGUCUAAAAAGUGCCACAGCUGGACUAAGGCCCAUAGGAGCUGUUAUAUACAUGCAACGGAAUAAUCUUAAGAUGUGUCUAAGGAGCACUGAUUCUGCAACUGAUACAUCUGAAGUUGCAAAGGCAUAUGGCGGAGGUGGCUGCCCAAGUUCCAGCUCCUUUAUAAUAAGAAUGGAUGAGUAUAAUCAGUGGCGGUCUGUAAACAUGUGAUGAUUAUCAAGGGGAGUGCAUUCAUUAGUUCACUGGACAACCUUCAACUGCUAUUCCCUUGGCUGUUGGACAAGUUGCUAAUUCACAAUGUUCACCACCUGUGCCCCACCAUGUCAAACUUCUAUUUUCCAUUCCCACCGAGAAGUA